CCGGCAAGAAAGAAAGUAAUUGUGCUAUCCGAUCAUUACAAUUUAUCGUUGCACCGCACCGUGUUUUAACAGUGGAACAUAAAUUAAAUUUGUUCAGUUUUGUGACAAAAAAAACAAAAUGCUGUGCAAAAAACGAAGAAAAGUUAAUUCAAACAAUAACGAUUUGUUGUCGAAUGAAAAUUAUAAAUUCGUUGAACGGAAUUAUUGUUUAAAUCACAAAAAUUGUCUUGGAACGGAUCCUGAGUGUCUUCAAGUAGCUACAAAUGUAACCGAACAGAAGCAUCAUAUCACACGCGAAAUUCGUGGUCAAAAUUUAGGAUUAUGUCGUGGUUUUCGUGGUUGUACGGUAUGGUUGACUGGGCUCAGUGGAGCUGGAAAAACGUCGAUUGCAUUUGCAUUGGAGGCCUUCUUAGUGUCCCGAGGAAUACCAGCCUAUGGUCUAGACGGUGACAAUAUACGAACGGGUUUGAACAGAAAUCUGGGAUUUAGUCAAGCCGAUCGUGAAGAGAAUAUCCGUCGCGUGGCCGAAGUUGCAAAAUUAUUUGCAGACAGCGGCGUUGUAGCGAUUUGUAGUUUCGUUUCACCGUUUGCCGACGACCGUGACAUAGCCAGAAAGAUCCAUAAAGAUUCCGAUCUGCGAUUCUACGAAGUGUAUGUGAACACCCCGUUGUCGGUGUGUGAAUCUCGUGACGUUAAGGGCCUGUACAAAAAAGCGAGAGAAGGCUCCAUUCAAGGUUUCACUGGCGUGACACAGGCCUACGAAGCACCGGAAACGCCGGAUUUAAUCGUCACGACAGAAGGUGUGUCAAUUGAAGUGUCUUGUAGCCAAGUUAUCGAUUUGUUGGAAUCGGAAGAGAUUAUUCCGAAACAAAUUCGAGACGAUGAAGUGAUUCCAGAACUUUUUGUGUCGCCGGCUCGGAAGUUGGCAGCUUUGAAUGAGUCCAAGUCAUUACCACAUUUAGACAUUACCACCGUUGAGAUGCAAUGGCUGCAGGUGUUGGCUGAAGGAUGGUCCUAUCCACUUAAGGGAUUUAUGAGGGAAAACGAAUAUUUACAAACUUUACAUUUCAAUUGCAUUUCGUACGAUGACAAGACCAGUUUUAAUCAGUCCGUUCCAAUUGUGUUAUCGUUGACGGGAGACGAUAAAAAACGAUUAGAUGGCACCUCAGCCAUCACACUAAAAUAUAAUGGACAAGCCGUAGCUAUUCUACGAAAGCCGGAAUUCUAUUAUCAACGCAAGGAAGAGCGUUGCUCGCGACAAUUUGGAACCAAUAACGGCGAUCAUCCCUACGUCAAGAUGAUCCAUGAAUCCGGUGAAUACUUGGCUGGCGGUGAUUUAGAAGUUUUCGACAGAGUAUUAUGGAACGAUGGACUGGACGAAUAUCGGCUCACACCCAACGAAUUACGCGAAAAGUACAAACAAUUAAAUUGCGAUGCCAUUUUUGCCUUUCAGCUUCGCAAUCCUAUUCAUAACGGUCAUGCGCUACUCAUGAUGGAUUGCAGGAGACAGAUACUUGAACGUGGUUUCAAAAAUCCCGUUCUACUACUACAUCCUCUUGGAGGUUGGACGAAGGACGACGAUGUACCGCUGCCCGUUCGAAUAGCACAACAUCAAGCCGUAUUAGAUUCGGGUAAACUGAACCGUGAAAACACAAUCCUGGCAAUUUUCCCAUCACCGAUGAUGUAUGCCGGUCCCACGGAAGUGCAAUGGCACGCCAAAUCACGAAUGAAUGCCGGUGCAUCGUUUUACAUUGUCGGUCGUGAUCCAGCUGGUAUGAAACAUCCCGACGAGAACAUGUACCCCGAUAAAGAUUUAUUUGACGCCACACAUGGACAGCGUGUGUUGAAAAUGGCGCCCGGAUUGGAUAAGUUGGAAAUCAUACCAUUCCGUGUUGCUGCCUAUGACAAGACCGUAUCGGCAAUGGCAUUCUUUGAUCCGAGUCGAAAGGCCGAUUUCGAAUUCAUAUCCGGAUCGAUGAUGCGAGGAUUAGCACGAGACGGAAAACUUCCGCCGGAUGGUUUUAUGGAACCAAAAGCAUGGGCCAUUUUGGCUGAAUAUUAUCGCAAUUUAAAGGAUUCUAAAUCUUAAGAAUGGGCACAACUAAUUACUUCCAACAAAGAAAAACCGUAUAAAUGCUACAGCGAUCACUGUUUUUAUUUUUUUAUUAUUAUACAAAAAAUGUUCUAUAUUUUUUCUGUUCUCUUUUUUAAAAGUUAUUUAUUUUCUGUUUAUAUUCUGUAAUCGAUGCAUCGAGCGUAUUAUGUUUCAAUAAAUGUUCCAAGAUUUUAAUCAA